AUUUAAAUAUUGGCCUACCUGUUAAUAAUUUGGCAUAUUCAAACAGUACUACAGUUUUAUUUGGGUGUUUUGUUAAUAUUAUUUGUCUGUUUAUUUGUUAGUGUAGGGAAUUUCUUGUUUUCCUUAUCAUAACCAGGUUGAUAAGGCCUACUAAAAGCUUUUGCUAGGGAUAAUGAGUACUAAUAGGAACAGGAGGCUUAAACACAUCAAGAAAAGUACCCUUCACCUCUGAAAUAUCAUAGGCCCAUUCUACAGAACAUUCGGUGAUGUGCUUCGAUGUCUUAAUAUAUUAUUACAUAGAUAUAUUGUGUCUGAGGGGGAAUUUGAUGACAAAAAACACUAGGUGUACACAAUUGAAUUAUUGCCCACAGCAUUGAAAACAUAGGCUACAUUUUCUUAUCAUAACCAUAUUCGUUUAACCUUUCACAUCCCUCAAUUCCAUAUUGUGAUUAGUCUAAUGGUCCUUAAAGGUUUCCUUUGGUUAUGUUAAGGGUAGUUACCUCCAAUAAAGUGAUUUGAGCCAACCGAUACUUUUAAAAUGGAAAAUAUUCCUGAAACCUCUGCAUUUCUCAGAAUGCCUGCUUAUCAGUAAUCACAUGUAUAUCAGUGUAAUUUAUGCCCUAAUGUAGUGGAACUAAGGUGUUUUUCAUCCUAAUAUUCCGGUUGAUAUACAGACUAUCUCUGAGAAACCAUAUAAAAGGCAAACGUCUCAAGGUAGAACACAAUGUUGAGCUAGCUUAUCACACAGCAUAUCCAAGAAAACCCUCCAUUCUAAAGUAGUCACCAUGAAGGUAGAGCUCUUUGCCAUUGUGUUCCUUUGCCUGGCUGGUAUGUUGCAUGCUGAGGCUAAGGCCCAGCAGCCUGGAGAGUCCAGUCUCACAGACAAUGGGCAGCGUUUAGGGAGGAGGUAUGCUGAGUCAACCAUUGCCAGUGACAUGAGCAAAAUUAUGGACUCUAUGGUGCAGAAGAACUUUGUAAACUUUCUGCUGAACCAGAGGGAAAAAAAGAAUGCGCCUAAUGUCACUCCAGAGGAUGAUCCAGAGUUUCACAUGUACAGUGAUCUCCUAAAAAAGAUUGCUGUGUGUGUCCGCAGCAAGGACCUCUGACCCAGCAGGCAAUGUGAACUAAAACUAUUAGAAGCUUGAUGACCUCUGCCUUUUGAUCUGAAUUAAAAGAAGAUAUUUUGUUUUUGUU